AUGGUGAGCACGUGUAUCGUGACGCGCGUCGCGCGGUCUACUGGCGGGUUGGCGUUGGCCAGGCGUCGCCGCGUCAUGCCCACCUUCAGUCUGAAGCUCGGAACGCCUCGACCUCCCUCGCCCGCACCCGACAGCGCUCUGAGGACGUCGAUAGGCGGAGGUGGUAUGAAACAACGUGAAUUAUCGUCGCCACGUGGAUACAUAGCGCUCUCAGUACGUGAUUAA